UACAAAGUUCACAAAAAUCGCUUGAAAGUGAGUAAAAAAAAAAAAAACAAUUCAUGAGCAACUCCAUCUGAGCGUGUUAGUUUGAUAGAUGUUAAAAACGAAAGCAAGUAUUCGCCAUGAUUUUCUACGCCAGCGUUAAUUAAAGUAUAGAAGAAAUCGCAAAUUUCUAUCAUCUCAGCUGUGAAUUGUGUUGAAUAGGUGUAUAAAUACAGUGGUGUACAACUGUAGAACAUAAUGGAGCAACCCGUGAGGGUAAAAACGGAACAUAUACCUAUGGUAAAGUUGGAAACAAAUAUUUCAACGAUAAAGGUAGAGGAAGCCAUAAUAGAUGAUCCUCUGGAAGAAGAAAACCGGCGUUUGGAUGACGUGACAAUUACUGCCCCACUGCUCAGCGGUCCAAGUGUUGUGAAGCUAGAACCCGCGGUUGAUGUCCUCGCUGACGACGCCAAUAAGUCCGGAACGUGUGGAACAGCAGCUUCCAGCUCCAGCGAUGCGGUCGAUGUGAAACCAUUCCUACCGGUUGGUAGCCAUCAAAGUACGACGAUCUGUUCAGCGGAGGACAACGAUGUUAAAGCAUGGCCAUUAGAGCUACCGAAAGCCAACGAACCGAAGAAGCAGUGCGACAUAUGCGGCAAGUUCUAUUCGGACGAUCACUAUUUCGCUUUUCACUUGGCCUCACACGCUGGGCAGGUACAGGGGAACAUUUGCGAGAUUUGCGACAAAGGGUUCCCCUGCAAAAGUGUUCUUGAUGCGCACAUGCGAUCCCACACCGGCAAGCGGCCGUUUCAGUGUGAUAUAUGUAACAAAAAAUUCAGCAGAGCAAACUGCUUGAAGAAGCAUAGAGCGAGUCACACAGAGGAGAAGAACUUCAAAUGUAUGAUAUGUGACAAAGAAUUUUUCAUCGAAGCACAAUUAGUAAGACACAUGAGAACGCAUACCUCGGAUCGUCCGUUUAAGUGCACAGUUUGCGGAAAAGGUUUCCAGCACAGCUAUUUGGUUACAAACCAUAUGCUUCAUCACAGUGAAUCGCGAACGUUCACAUGUGACGUUUGCGGAUCAUCGUUUAAGUCCGCCAGUGCUCUUGGCUCGCACAGAAGAAAACAUACGAGCAGUGGGCAGAUUAUGUUUAAAUGCGACAAGUGCGAUGCGCAGUUUACUACCCGUGGUAGUCUUACUUUUCAUCGCAAAGUUCACUUGGAGGAACAGUCAGUCAAAUGUUUUCAUUGUGAAAUAGAAUUUCCCUCAUCGGAGAGCCUACAUGCACACGUACGUGACCUGCAAAGUAAUCCCCUACGGUGUUUGGUAUGUGGGGAAACGUUCCGCUUCAAAAGAAAACUGCGGGCUCAUGUAGCUGUUCACGACAGUGAGGAAAAACCAUACCAAUGUGCGAUCUGCAACUGUAGAUUCCAAAGGGCUAGUAAUCUUAAAAUUCACGUCAAAAUUCACUACGGUGAGCGUUCGCACGAGUGCGAACUGUGCGGCGCUCGCUUCUUGCGACAGCAGGACGCUUCAAAACACCGCCUGUGGCACAAAAGAAAAAACCUAGGAUUGGGACCGCACUUUCUCUUCUGUUGCAGCUAUGCAGGAAAUUUGAGGACUGAAACUGCGAUUGACGAAGGUGGUCCGAGUGGCAGCAGCGGAGCAGCGAUCCACUGUGACAUUUGCGGCAAUAACUAUAAGAGCAGGAGAACAUUCCGCAAACAUUGCGAAAUUCAUAAACGAACUCAUCGGUACCGGUGUGACAUUUGCAACAAAGAUUACUCAGCGGAGGAAACGUUGACGCGUCAUAAAAAAAUUCACACCAGCAAGCAGGACAAGCACUGUAAUAUUUGUGGGAAGUCUUUCACCACCAAUAACCUGGCGAGGCACAAAAGGACCCACAGCGCUGAGCGACUUUUCGAGUGUGAAAUUUGUGGUAAAAGUUUCAAAACUGUCUACACAUUGGAGUACCACAAGUUGGUCCAUACAACCGACAAACAGUUCAAAUGUGACUUAUGUGAUAGGGCUUUCUUCAGGAAAAUACUACUGAUACAGCAUGGAAAAACACACAACCCGGAGCGUCCGUAUAAAUGCCUGAUUUGUGGAAAAGGAUUUGUAUUUAAGCAAUUGCUUGCAAACCACAUGUACCAUCACAGCAACGAGCGACCGUUCGUGUGCGACAUCUGUGGCUCAUCGUACAAGUCCGGUCCCGAUCUGCAUGUUCACAAAAAAAUCCACACGUACCUCGAGCCGAAACCGUUCAAGUGCGAUAUGUGCGAUGCAAAAUAUGCCUACGAGGGUAAUCUGCGGGCUCAUAAAAAGGUACACUCGGAAGAACGACCGUACAAAUGUAAUGAUUGUAAGUCGGAAUUUGGCUCGCACGAGAAUUUAGCAGAACAUCUGUGUCAGAUGCGCAAAGAUCGACCUUACAAGUGUACGAUUUGUGAGAAAGCUUUUCUCACGGAUAGACAUCUGCAGACGCAUCAGAUCGUGCACAACGAUGAGCAACCAUUUCAAUGCUCGAUCUGCGAGCGACGGUUUAAAUGGGUUCAUAAUCUAACGAAGCAUAUCCAAAGGCUCCAUGGAGGAGGAAGUAGUUGAUCACCAGCUGUGAGAGCAUAAGCAGGAGCAGACGAUGCAGAAUAAAGGUGCGGCUUCAAGGAAUAUUCACAAAUGCUUAUCUUUCGGGGGCGAGCAGUUGUGUUUUUUAUUUUGCUUUUGGAUUAUUUAUGCUCGGCUAUUCAAGUUCGAAGGUGCUUUUUAAAUCAUAAUAAGGAAGAAGCGAGACAAUUUAAAAAUGAAUGAAUCGGGGUUCCAGUUUUCGUUUGUCAAGCUGUUAACCUUCGAAAAUUUUGGCGCUCUUUUUUCAAUUAGUAAAACACGGAUUUCAAUUCGUUUCAUUAAGACGAGAUACCUUCU